UGAGAAAUCACAGCAGAGCCUCUCGUAUGGCUUGUAACUUAACCUUCUCUUCUCCUCCUACGUACCUCUAUAAGCACUCUUCCCCUUCCAACCUAAUGCAUCAUCUCUCUCAGAAUGGCCUCCAGCUUCUUUCUCUUACUCUCCCUAUUCCUCUUCUCAUCACUAUCAUCUUUCUCCCAUGCACUUUCCGAUGUCGAAGCCUCUUUCAUUGCUCGUCGCCAAAUGAUGCAUUUGGAGGAGAAUCAGGACUUGCCCGACAACUACGUAAGUAACUACAAAACAAACCUAAAAUUCGCUCACACCAGGCUAAAAGCUGCAUACAUUGCACUCGAGGCGUGGAAAAAAGCUAUCUACUCAGACCCCUCAAAUUUCACAUCAAAUUGGUCGGGCCAAGACGUUUGCUCCUACAAUGGAGUUUUUUGUGCACAGGCUCUUGAUGACAAAAAUAUCCAAGUUGUGGCUGGGAUUGAUCUUAACCAUGCAGACAUCGCAGGUUACCUUCCCCCAGAAGUUGGUCUGUUAACUGACCUUGCACUUUUGCAUAUAAACUCCAACAGGUUUUGCGGGAUCAUCCCACACAGCUUUUCCAACCUUCGGAUUCUCUAUGAGCUAGACAUCAGCAACAACCGCUUUGUUGGGCGGUUCCCUGAACACGUGCUUGAAAUUUCAGAACUCAGAUACAUUGACAUCAGGUUCAAUGACUUUGAAGGGGAAUUGCCUCCUAAGCUUUUCAAACAAAGUUUCGACGCUAUAUUUGUGAACAACAACCGCUUCUCGUCCAAUAUUCCUGAGAACAUAGGAUCAACUCCAGCCACGGUUGUGGUUAUUGCCAAUAACAAUUUCUCAGGAUGCGUGCCUUCCAGCGUCGGCGAAAUGAAGUCGCUAAACGAGUUUGUUUUGGUCAACAACAACCUCACCGGUUGCUUGCCAGAAGAAAUUGGAAAACUCGAAAAAGUUACGGUGUUUGACAUAAGCUACAACAACUUCGUUGGCGUGUUGCCGAGGAACUUCAAUGGGCUUAAGAACGUUGAGUACUUGUCCAUUUCACAUAACAAGUUUACAGGUUUUGUCCCUCGUAAUGUUUGCAGCUUGCCCCAUUUGGNAUAA